GACCAUCGACUUUUUGUCACGACAUCUCCACCAGAUGGAAGUACUGUUAGAAAUUUGUCCGUCAAUGAUAGUCCAAUCUGAGCGUCGCGUCUAUACUCGGGAACCUGAUGUGGCGGGAAUGAGGAGUUGAGGGUAUGUUUCUCAUCCGAAUGUUCCUCCCCGUCUCUUGGACGAGCUGGCACACCCUCACCGUCUCAGAAAGCCGACAACAGCAGCUAGUAGUCCAAAUGCGCGUUUCAGCAAUGCGAUUGCAGGAACUCUGGGAGAGCCUUGAGCUGCGAGUUGAACUGAACAUUGCAGCAUUUUCUCUCAUCCCUGCCACAUCAGUACAACUCACCCUAAUGAUUCCGAUAUUGACAAGCCCGAAAUCCCAACUUCUCAACUUCCCAAUUCAAACCCAAGUCCCAGAAACCUGGUCACCGACGCCUACACACUACUGUGUACGCACCGCGAAGAAACAAUUCCCUCCGUGUUCUUCGCAGCCUACCCUAGCUUUACGCGCCAAGGGGGCGAGUCUCCUCAAUAUGCGGCGCUGGACGCAGUGCUUUCGCUCUCACCGAAUGCAAGUAAAAUCUCAAGAUCAAACAUCAGCACGGGUUUGUGAUUGAGUGAUUACCAUGCCGCGAUCAAGCAACCCGAGCCUG